ACCACAGGGAGACACGGGGGGACACCACAGGGAGACACGGGGGGACACCACAGGGAGACACGGGGACACAGGGUCUGUGGGCAGGGCGUGUUACGGAGCGAGACGUGGAGGCAGGUAAUCGUCCACGCAGGAGACGCGGGUUCACUCACGGGACACGGGGUGGAGCAGGAGGUGACUUCGCGCACUUGGCAUCACUGUAAACUCCUCCUCAUCCUCCUCCAUCAUCACCACCACCUCCUCCUCCUCCAGGGAUCUCCCACUCGCGAGGAGAAGGCGGCCCGAUGAGACGAGGUUGCUGGGGGGGCUUUUGUGGAGGAGCGCUUCGGUUGAGGAAGCUCCAGCAGGAGCGUUGUGAUCCAGAGGUUGAGGGGUUGCAGUGAAUUGAGGGCGAGGUUGGGAAGAAGGGGGUGCUUGAGGAGGCUGCGAAACGUUGAGCAAGCUAAGGAGGUUGCGGGAGGAGGAGAUUGACGAGGGGAGUGCGGGGAAUUGAGGAGGUAGCCGAGGAGGGUUGAGAAGACGGGGAGAGGCUGAUGUAGCCGAGCAGCUGGAGUCAAAAUCUUGAGACGUUGGAGGUUGAGGAAGCUGAGGGAGAAGGCCGACGAGGUUGAGGAGGCCGGGCAUGGAGGGCCGUGCGGGCUGGUGUGGCCUAGCCCGUGGCUGCUGCCACGCGUGCCCCGAGGCGGCCGAGAGGCGCAGCGUGGAGGCCCUCCUCGCCUGCAGCGGGACCGCGGACGAGGAGGACGACGAGGAGGAGGAGGAGGCGGUGAGGACGAGGGGAGCCUGGGCUGAAGAGGUUCACGGUUGGCGCCGCUCCGCUCCCUACUCCCUGCUGACUCCGAACUCCGCGCGGCGCCGCGGCGCCACCGGCCCGUCCACUGCGCCCGCCCGCGGGUCCGCCGCGACCUUCCGCCAUGGCACUCCGGGCCGGCCCGCGGCCGCUCGGCGAGCGGCCCGGGAGAGCGGUGGCCCGGGAGCGGCGCGGGAGACCUGGGACUUGGCCACAGAGCCGGGGGCUCGGCUCGCGACGCUUCAGCAGACCACGUGGGGCAGAUGGACGGGGGACGAGUGGAAAACACGGACGGUCCACAGCGAGGGUUCGUCUCCACGGGGCUGCUACCCUGAUCCCAAUGAGCAGGAUGAGGAGAAGGAUGAUGAGCAGGAUGAGGAGGAGCAUGAGGAGGAGCAUGAGGAGGUGGAGGAACGAGGGGAGGUGGAGGAGCUCUCCUCGGCUGUGUCUCAGCUCCACGUGGCCUCGCGCGCUAUCGUCAGGGACGAGGAGGAGGACUGCGCCACGUCGACCGAUGAGCGGAAUGAGGAUUGGCGAGGCGCGCACCGCGGCCCCAUGCAGGAAUCCGGCUCCAAAGCCAGUGCGGCCCACGACAGCGACCAGGGGCCCAACUUGCCACCGUCGUUCAGCCUCUACUCAGUCCUGCCGCCGGUGAGGGGCGAGGCUCGCGGCUCUCUGGCCAAUCCGGCGUCGGGGCUCUCCGAUCCAUGGCGGCACCUGGACGCGGACGUGCUCAGGAUUGACAAUUGCCGGCGUGUCGAGUCGGCACCGGCCGGGAGGGGAAGCGGCGGCUUGAACCACGAGCCGGCGGGCCGCCAACGCUGGAGGAGCUCCCAGCAGCCCGCGGCAGGGAGGGCGGCAGGGAGGGCGGCCAGGAGGGCGACAGGGUCGCGCGCUCACGAGCGAGCGGCCAGGAUGCGAUGCGGGGUCGGGACUGCCGGCAGGAAGGGCGAACGAACGGGAAAGGAUGUGACGGAAAGGCCGGGUUCCGGCGGCGGGAGCGGUGGCGACGGUGGCAACGCGGAGAGCGUGGGGAACGUGCAGCCAGAGGGUUUCGGAACUCGGGAUGAGCACAGGGCCAGGGGACGCCUGCCGCUAGUGCAGGGAUGCAAGGUCCGUAUCCCCAUGGUACCACACACACUGCUCUUGUGACUAAGACCAACAGAGUGAAAAAACAGCCUCUGUAUCAUCGUCACCGCCACCAUCGUCAUCAUCUGAUCAUCAUCAAAUGCUCCCUGGGACCUGGAUGCGUCUGAGCUAUGGUAUGGAUCCCCACGUGGGACUUUCAACUCAAACCACGGUUGAGAGAUGUUUAUCGGACGGUGUUAAAGUGCACCGAGUGCAAUCGAGAGACACGUGUUAGGCCUGUUUGCAGCGAGCCACUGCUUGACGCUUACCGAAAAAAAUACCCGCGGGAACACUCAGCUUACACGCGGGCGUGUGCGACGACCUCACUGCCACGCCGACUCGCCUUUCAUCGCUCCGGACUCAUUAGCGCGUGCGGCUCCAUUGACUGGGGUCAUUAAUCACGGCGAGAGAUCACUGGUCGCGGGAUGUGGGUGUUGGCUUACGGUGGGCGUCGGUGGUGAAGGGAGGAGGGGGGGGCAUUACGAUGCUCGCAGCUUGUAGGACGAAAAGCACACCGGGACCGGAGCGCGGUUACUUAAGGCGGCAGCGGCAAUGCAGUGGCAACCGGAGCUUGCUAACCUGUGGAUCAUCGUGCCCUCACUAGCCACUCCCACCCGCACCUCCACAAAAACCCAUUUACCCUCACCCGCCCCCGGCUAUUUGCAACGCUGAGAUGCAUAACGCUACGUUAGGUUCACUCAACUGACCACUGCGGGCCCCCUCCCACUGUCCCGCAAAGUUUGUGGUAUUGGUACCACAGCACCAUUGUGUAACCCCCCUCCCCCGCCCACACCAAGGGAGAAGGAAUAUUGGAAUAUUCGCUCCCGCCAGCGGACGUUUGUUGCCCUCAAAGAGGGCCGAGCGUUAAGGUCAGGUGAAGCGAUAUAAGCUGAGAAAAAAAACCCAGCUACUUCGAAGAGGGCACAGUUAGGGCCAGAUGGUAUGAACAUUUUAAAUGCUACUGAAAAAGUGUGAACUUUUUUAGAAAUGCUGUAAAAAAAAGUGUCCUUAAAAAACAAGGUUGUACUUUGAAAUACACGCGAUUCCUUGUCUACAAAACCAAAUAAGGGGGAUACAAAUAUUGUGAAGCGGAAAUAAUACUUUGUUCGCCUAACUUGUAAUGCUGAAUGGUACUGGAGCAUCGAUGCGGCGGCUCACUCAUUGCACUCUGAUCCCAGCGACGUCGAUUCAAUUCCCAGCCACAGUGGCGAGUGACAUCUGAACAGGUCCUGGGUUUCCCCCUCCUUCACCGACCUGCUCUUUCCAUCGUGGUGAAGUAUGGUCAAAUUACCCCCAUUACCGAGAAGGCGUGGGGAGGCAUUCAGCAAUGGAUUGAAUAGGGGCUGUACAAUGACCUACUCCUCUCUACAGAACACAUAGCGGCAGAGCGGUGGUGCAGUGCUCCACACUUGUGUCACAGCAAGAAGGGCCUGGGUUUGGAUUCCCGCCUCGACAGCCUUUCAUUGCGAAGUUUAAUUUAUUUUCCCCCUGUUCUGCGUGGAUUUCCUCCAGCUUCCCCAGUUUCCUCCCAUAGUUUAAAAACAAACAAUCAAAACCCCAUACAAUGCAACCGGUGUUGAUGAAAACAACUUGAAUGCUGCAAAAUUACCUGACAAUUAUUCAAUCGAGAUGACUUGCACACACACGUGGUCGGCGUUGGGUGCUUGCAAGUCGUUGGCGCUAAAAGACCCGGCAGGGGCGCUUGUAAUUAUUAACGGCCACGGGCGGGACCUCGAGCGUGCCCGUGCACGGCGAUUGAUCGUAACCGCCGACACUCGGCGACGAUGUGUAAUGUCGCCCCCCCCCCCCCCCCGCUGUAAAGUAACACGCGUCUUUAAACUAUACAGACGCCACGGGAGGGGGUGCGGUCGUGCUGGGGUCGAGCAGAGGAACGGGGGAUGGUUAAAGAUUACGUACCAAGCCAGUAUGUAUGUUGAACUUCUUUGGCACUGUACGUAGCUAACCGUGCUAACCGGAGGUGCAGAGGAAGGACAACACACUAGUGUUCUUAUUCGUAAGGUUUUCCUCUUAGUGCAAAGCAAUUUAUGUGCAUUUUUUCGUAGGAUUGUUAAGCGUUAAUUGGAGGUAAAUAUACGCUUAUGUCAAGGUGGCUAUUCGGGUCUCUCACCAUCACGAACCGCCUGUCCCGUUAAACGGAUGUUGAAAGCGUGCGUGUGCGAGAUGUAUUCAACCACAAUAGGCCGGAUAAACUACAGUUAAUCCCAUCUGCUGAUUCAGGCCAAAUUAAUUGGCCAGGAUCACCUUGCCCAAUUUUAUUCGAAAGGGCGCCGCGGUGGCUAGGAGAUGUUAACUACCUCACCUGGUAUACAGGAGUUCGAUCCCGACCCUGACGCCUGCUGUAUAUUUGGAGUUUGCACGUUCUCCCCAUGGUCGCAUGGAUUC